CUCUCUCACAGCUAAUGAACUCGAAAAUCCCUAAUCUAUAAUCUCGAUUCUUGAAUAUGGGUUUCAUGUCGGCCUCCUCUCCAUCGGUGAUUGUAGCCUUUUCAUGGUUAUCGCCUAAACCUCCACCGUGAUCAAGAAGAAGUCAUGUUUGCGUUUAGUUCAGCAUGUGUGUUUAUUUACCGAUUUUAUAUUUUUUCUUUAGGGCAAACUGAAGCAUACCAUAUCUCCUCUCUAUCUCACUCGAUCUAUGUCUCUGGAAGAACUACCGUACCACUUCCUUCUCUGUACAAAUCUCAGGUAAAACAACUUCUUUUUCAUCUCUUAUAUUUAAGAAAUUACAACUAAAUUUCCUUUUCAUCUCUUAUAUUGAAGAAAUUACAACUAGAUUUCCUUUUCAUCUCUAUUCUCGAGCUUGAAGGAAAAGGCGAACCCAUGUUCUCUCUCGCCAAUUGACCAAGAUUUCUUACAACCGGUUUAAAAACCAAUGUGGUACUUUUUGCUAAUAAUUUCCAACUUUGUGUGUAUCUGAUGGUUACUUUACUUAUUGUUGACCUAUUUUAGUUUUUGGAUCUGAUCGUAUGCGAUUUUGUCAUUUUUACUCACUACCUGUCUCUCGCUUUUCUAAUUAACCAAAAGAUAAACGAUUUCAGGGAUUUUCAAUGACCAUGGAUUGGUCUAAUUUUGGGGUUUCUAUCAAGAACAAGUUUCUUCGUCUCCUCUUUUUCUAACCAAACCCUAUAGCUGAUUGUGUGGUCAAAUCUUUCACAACCGACACCAACUGGUAACAGAUCAGUUUCAUGGGUUUCCUAAACAUGAUGGGGAUAGUUCCUUUUCUUUUAACUGUGAUGAUUUUUGUAAGAAGACUUGAUGAAUUUGUUAGAUCUACAAAAUUAUUUUUUCUUUUUGUAGGUUUAAUGGUACAUAUCGUUUCUAUACAAUUCGAAAAUUUGUGAGUGAACCAAGUCUUGCAAACAUGGCUUCAGAAGCUAUGGACCUUGGAAACUACAUGUCUGAGACAAAUACAUGGUUGUAUGAUUUUGUAAUGUGGGAUUUUGCAUCUGGAAACAGGUCAAAACAUGGCUCAAGAUUGAAAAAACAUCGGAAGAAGAAUAUACUGCAAAAUAUCUCAAACAGAUGUUCCGGCAACUUUCAUGACCUUUUUCUUGAUUUUGUAUAUUUAUAAUUUAUUAUUUAUUAUUAAAUCUAAUUUGGAUUUGAAUGUUAAUUGUGAAGUUUAUAUAUUUUUAUAUAUUUUUUUGGUGAAACGAUAGGUCAUCAAGUGAUUGGUGUUGUCAUGGUACAAAACAAAAUAUAUGU